AACAGGCGCUGGACUGGACUGGACUUGCAAAAAGUCUGCAUCCGAGAUGCAAGGAAACCAACUUAAGCAUGUUCAAUCAUUCAAACUCAUAGUGCCUUGUUAAGAUUUCAAUGAAGCAACAUAUCCCAUCCAAACCACUGGGCUUCAUUUAACUAGACAUUUGCUUAGCUCUUCUCAUUCCAAACGAUUACUGUGUCCAGUUGUAUGGAACUGGGCCCUCACAGUCCAGAAACUGGUUAAGGGAAGCGGCCCUUGGAAUCACAUGAAAGCAUAUGGCCUUACACCCUGAUCUGUUUAUGGAAUAAAUUCCUGGGAAGGUGAUCAAAGCAAUCCUGGGGGGAGCUGAGCUCACAGCCCUGAAAAACUACACUACAGAAGACCAGAAGAGAAGCCGCUCUGCCCACCAAGCCUGGCUGUGAGGAGCCAGCUUUCAUGUCGGCUCAUCACUGGUUCUCAGAAGAUGAGAGGCUUCUGCUUCCACCAAGUCAAACUGUGAGUGAUGGAGAGUGGCCCAGCAAUACAUGCUGCUUCUAGGAAAGGUCAAGUCCUUGAGGCCAAUGCUCCACACUGGAACAGGGAGGAGCUUAAACUUUGGAACAAAUACCGAAUCUCCAACAUUCCGUCGCUAAUAUUCCUAGAUGCUACGACAGGAAAGGUCGUGUGCAGGAAUGGGCUCCUGGUGAUCCGAGAUGACCCAGAAGGUCUGGAAUUCCCUUGGGGACCUAAGCCCUUCCGGGAGGUCGUUGCAGGGCCCUUGCUUAGAAAUAACGGGCAGUCACUGGAGAGCAGCAGCCUGGAGGGGUCUCACGUGGGAGUCUAUUUCUCUGCACAUUGGUGUCCACCCUGCCGAAGCCUCACCCGAGUGCUGGUGGAAUCCUACCGGAAGAUCAAGGAAGCAGGCCAGAAGUUUGAGAUCAUCUUCGUCAGCGCAGACAGGUCAGAGGAGUCUUUCAAACAGUACUUUAGUGAGAUGCCAUGGCUCGCUGUCCCCUACACCGAUGAGGCCCGACGGUCGCGUCUCAACCGACUGUAUGGAAUCCAAGGCAUCCCCACGCUCAUCGUGCUGGACCCGCAGGGGGAGGUGAUCACUCGGCAGGGCCGAGUGGAGGUGCUCAAUGACGAGGACUGCAGGGGGUUCCCAUGGCACCCGAAGCCCGUGCUGGAACUCUCAGACUCCAACGCUGUGCAGCUCAAUGAAGGCCCCUGCCUCGUCCUCUUUGUAGAUUCUGAGGACGAUGGAGAGUCUGAGGCAGCCAAACAGCUAAUCCAGCCAAUAGCUGAGAAAAUCAUUGCCAAGUACAAAGCCAAAGAGGAGGAGGCGCCGCUGUUGUUCUUUGUGGCCGGGGAGGAUGACAUGACCGACUCCCUGCGAGAUUACACCAACCUGCCUGAGGCGGCACCCUUGCUCACCAUUCUGGACAUGUCAGCCCGGGCCAAGUACGUGAUGGAUGUAGAAGAGAUCACCCCAGCCAUUGUGGAGACUUUUGUGAAUGACUUCCUAGCAGAAAAGCUCAAACCAGAGCCCAUCUAGUGGGCUCUGGCCUCCUGAGACAGUAUUUAAGACUCAGUCUUCUCCCCUUCCUUCCCUCUGCCCUUGGACUUUUCCAGUGUGUCCUGAGUCACACAACCCAAGUGUCCAACCUCUGUGGUGCCUUGUUUCUGCAUUAACAACUCAGCCAGCACCCAAGGGUGCACCUCCUCACAGCGGCAGCAGGACCCACUGUGUCUGGAGACUGCUUGGGAUGUGUGAGGUUGGCAUGACCAGCUAGCACCGGGACUACCACACUCUCCUGGUCACUAGGUCUUGGUGAAGGGCCUUCCAGGGUCUCCUGCAGAGUGAGCAAGCAGGGACACUGGAUUGGGGCUCUGACUCUGGGGUCAGAACACAUACCCCAAGCCAGAGUUCCUGUGACAUUCAUACCUAUGGGAGUUACAGAGGAAGGACCGUGGCCUCCGGACAUCAGCUGAAAGCCGUUGGUGAAAACAUGCUUUGGAAGGACAUAUUCUUUCUUGGUCUGAGGGGAAAACAGCGUAUCAGUGGGUUCUUGGGCUGGGGACCUUCAAAUCUCUAAGGAAACUUGUGGGUGUUUGUUUGGUGGGAAAAUGAGUAGCCGCGCUAACAGCUCAUAGAGUGCUUCCUGUGUGCUUAGUUCUUGAUCUCUGUCUUUCUUCCUUGCCCUUGCCCAUCCCCACGUUUCUGCCCAUACAAACAGCUCCCACUGGCUUAGAAUUUUAGUAAUGAAUUCUCCCCCCUUGGACAUCUUCCCCAGACAGCCCUGAGUUCAGGAGAAGUGCCGCCAGCUGCCAGGGGCCUCUCUGUGGGCUGGUUCUGUACCCGAGGCCACUGACCUCUGCAGAGGCACCUGCAGCUCCUUCCUAGUCCAUUUUCUUUUCAACUUGGAUCCAAAAGGCAAUGAGAAUUUUCUUUUCCCUAGGAACUUGCAGAAGGGGCUGUGUGCUAGUGGAGUGAGGACAGAGGGCAUGUCAGCUGGAGUCGGCCCUGACCUCCUGUGCUUGGCCCAGGUAUCUGAACUGGCCGAGAGUCCCAGGAGUUUAGUCUGUCACAGUUGGGUGCCGGGGCUUUCAAAGCACCUGGACCUCAUCCUCAGCCCCGCUCAACACUUUACCAGCCCAAACCGUUUAUCUUGCAAACCCCAGCCGUCCUCCCCCAACAAGCUAUUGACACUGUUGCUCCUUGCUGAAUUGGAUUGUCGAUUUGUAGGUCAGAGGUACAACGUUAGUUGGUACUUAGUCUAUUGGAUGCUGCCAGCCUGAAAUGCAACCACCUAGAAAGAAAUAAAGCAGGCCUCUCUGGACCUCA